AUGCGCCAAGCUCGUAAAACCGGCCUCAAACUGCGAAGGCGCAAAGUACACCCCUUCCUCCAGCAUCGCCCUAUGAAACCUCCCAAACUUAUGCGUAUCACUCCUCUUAGCAUCCUCAAAGUCGUAAACCGGCCCAUCCUGAAAGAAAAACCCAAACAUCCCAUUUAUAUACCUUCCACAAACCGCGUGCCCCGCCUUCCUCCCCACCCCCAAAAUCCCCUCCACAAGCUCUCCCGUAAUCUCACUCAAAUACUCGUACGUCCCUUCCUCCCUCAGCCUCUUCAGCGUGUGUAUCCCAGCUGUCAUCGCCAGCGGGUUCCCACUCAGCGUCCCCGCCUGGUAAACCGGUCCAGCUGGCGCCACCAUCUCCAUAAUCUCUCUCCUCCCUCCGUAAGCCCCCACUGGCAAACCCCCGCCAAUGAUCUUCCCGAGCGUUGUCAAAUCGGGGGAAAUCCCAAAGUACUCUUGCGCCCCACCGUACGAGAUUCGAAAUCCCGUCAUCACCUCGUCGAAUAUCAAAAGCGCCCCGUUUUCCCUACUAAUCCUCUCGAGGGAGUCGAGGAAGUCGGGCCGCGGAGGAAUGAAGCCCGCGUUCCCGACGACGGGCUCGAGGAUUACGGCCGCGAUUUCGCCCUCGUUUGCUCGGAAGAGGGUUUCAACGGAUUUGACGUCGUUGUAAGGGGAAGUGAGGGUCUCGUAAGUGGCGGCCUUGGGGACGCCGGGGGAGUCGGGGAGGCCGAGGGUGGCGACUCCGCUGCCGGCCUUCACUAA